UAUUGGAUCUUUAUAAUUAUAAUUAAUACUAAAUGUCAUCAACUAAAAGUAUAGAAGAAAUCCAAUGCAGAAAGCAUAGAAGGAGAAAUUCAGACAUAGCUGAUCAUAUCGAAGCCAUACUCUCCGGUGGCUUCAAGCACGAAGAGAACACCUCCAUUGACAUGGCUGACAAGUCAUCUGAAGGCGUAGGCAAAGCUGAUGCCAUGAGAAAAUUAUCCCUCGAUAACGUCAUAUGCGAGGAAUUGAAAGAGGAUUGCGACUAAAUUGAAUGUCAGGGUGUAUUUCUACCCUAGCAAAUCAUUCGCUUGCUAUACCAUAUAUAAUAUACCAUU